AAUCGAGUGUAAGAUUUCUGAUUGCGAUACAGAAUUUCGAAAUACGGCGCAUAUGACGAAACAGGGGCAGCACGAUCUUGUACAGCUGCGUCUACCUGUUUUCCUAACCUCAGAAUAACGCAUGAACGGUGUGCGCACGAUAAAAAUUCGACUAACAAAAUUUCACGUUGAUAAAAGGAAAUGAGCGAUGCCGAACUUCAGGAAGAGGAAAGAGAAGUACUUCUUUCAAUAUACGAUGGAGAUCCAGCUUUUAAACAGCUGACACCCACUACCUUCCAAUAUAAGUUUGGAGAAGAUAAUGAUAUAAAAUCGUUUCUGUUGGAAAUAUCAUGGGGUGCGACAUAUCCAUCCGAGAGGCCUAUUAUUAAUAUGAACACAUUUUACAACAAGGAUAUUGUGCAAGAAGUAAAAGAAAAUGUGGUCAAACUUGUGGAAGCAGAGGCAGAUCAAUGGCUAGGAAGUGCUAUGACUUACACGUUAUUUCAGUGUGUCCAAGAACAUUAUGUAGAACUAACUUCUACACAACCAGAUUCUGUUGUUGAAAUGAAUUCCCAAACUAGCCAGCUUAAACUAACCGAAGAGAAGCAACAGUUGGAGGAAACGGUAAAGAAACCCAAGAAAGAACAACUGAGCAAAGCCCAGAAGCGUAAACAAUGGAACAAAGCAGAUGGAAAAGGUGAAAGACCACGAGGAUGGGACUGGGUGGAUAUAGUAAAACAUUUAUCACAGACUGGCCCUAAACAAGAACAAGAGUCUUAGUUCAACUUCUCUGAAAAAUUUUGUACAGGUUAAAGGCGUGUUAUAUUUUUAUAAAUUAUUGGAAAUAAACUGGUUUCCAUAUAAGUUUCACUAUGCUAUAAUUACCUGUGAUAAAAAUUUGUAAAAAAAUAUU